AUGCAGUCAGUCAAGCGCGCGUCGAGUAAGGAGUUACAAUGGCCGUGGUCAACAGCACCAACUUGAUCCUGCAGACGCUCGUAUCCGUCUUCAACCUUGGUGGUAUUCAAAAUCCUCCUCCUACUUUGAUGAACCCAGGAUUUAAUCCUCCAGUUAGUUUCACGCCAAUUGGUUUCAAAGACAAAUCUGACACAAAAUGCUAUGAGCAGUCUGGCUAUGGAUGCUUUUCAAUAGAUUCGCCAUGGCCAAAGAAUCGGCCUGUCAACUUAUUCCCAGAGCAUCCUUAUAAAAUAAAUCCAAACUUCUGCCUCUUCACGAAAUAUAACAGAGACAAGUGUCAGCCACUUCGGGCCAACGACACAUCGACGUUCUUCAAUUCUUUUAUUAAAGACAAUCGACAGACUUUCUUUAUUGUUCAUGGAUACCUUGAAUCAGGAAAUAAAACAUGGAUUAAGAAAUUGAGCGAUGAACUUCUGAAGAAGAUCGACGCAAAUGUGAUUGCUGUGGACUGGAAUGGAGGCUCAGGACCGCCGUACGCACAGGCUGUGGCUAACAUUCGACUCGUGGGUCGAGCUGUCGCAAUCAUGAUUAUCAAGCUGAUGGAAGAAGUUGGACUGCGGCCACCAAAGACACACAUCAUUGGCCAUUCGUUGGGGGCUCACACCGCCGGCUACGCGGGAUCCGCGGUCAAAGGGUGGCACGUUAAGCUCGGCAGAAUUACUGGUUUGGACCCUGCUGAACCGCAUUUCGCAGACACCGAUCCUGAGGUCCGCCUGGAUCCCUCAGAUGCUGACUUUGUGGACGUAAUUCACACAGACGCGGCACCUUUCAUUAGCGGGGGCUUCGGAAUCAAACAAGCCGUGGGACACGUGGACUUUUAUCCAAAUGGUGGCGAAAUUAUGCCUGGCUGUGAAAACGCGAUGUUCGAUUCAUUGGGUGACAGGCGAGGAAUUGUCCUUGGCAUUAGAAAAGCUCUAGGAUGCAACCACAUUCGCAGCUACGAGUACUUUACCGAGUCUGUGAACACUGAGUGCGAUUUCAUGGGGGUGGAGUGCAACUCGUUCGAGAACUACGACAACGGUUUGUGCUUUGGCUGCGAGAAUCUCGGUGGAGAGAAGGCCUGUGCCAGAAUGGGUUUUCACGCCAGACCUAUGGGCAGGAGAGAACUGGUGGCGUUCCAACUAAAAACUGCUGGCAGGGAUCCAUUCUGCAGGAACCAGUACUUGGUUGAGUUAAAAAUCUCAAAUUCGAGCAGCAGCCAGGAGCACGGCGGUGAGGUUGGUGCCUUUUACAUGCAGCUGAACGGUACUGACGGUGUCACACACAGAAUCAAACUUCAAGAAUCUGCAACAUAUUUCGCUCCAGGUUCUACCUGGCGGAGGGUGGUAGCCGCGACCAAGGUAGGGGAAAUGAGGCAGAUUCACCUCGAGUGGGAUUUCCGGCACACCGUUUGGAACCCACUCUCUUGGCGACUCUUCGGUGACCCUCUAAUUUACCUUGACGAAAUUAGUAUCACCAUCUUGGAAACGGGCGAGAGACUACAAAUUUGUCCUGGCACUGACGAGGCUUUCAAGUCUUGGAUUCCGCGCACAUUUAACCUGGGCACGCAUUCCUGCCUGCCAAUUGCGGCCUGAACACUCAAAAAUUUAAAUUGCAAGACUAUUUAAUGUUUUUUGAAUGCAAGAGCCGGUGUGGAUUAGAACGGUGCUUUGUGGGUGUUGGCACCUGGCGAAGACUGGCCUUACUGCGUGCGCGCCUCUGAGACUUUGUCUGACAGAGAAAGUGUGCGGUGAAAGUGGUGCACCAGCCAAGGGUACACAACAAUGGGCCAAGCCAAGCAUUGUUGCAUUCCGCAGGCGCCAGGAGUGAGUGACUGAUGACUGACUGACUGAUCGCGCGUUUGGACAGCACAAAACAUAAUGCGCAUUAACUUAAAUUAGCCCAAGACCAGUAGCGAGUGCCAAACAGCGCUACUAAGUGGGAAUUAAAUUAUUUUUAGCUGGAGUUUAAACGAAUAAAGCAUUCUAUAGAUUUAAGACAUAUACACAUAAAUAAUAAAAAAUAUCUGUUUGUUCUUCAAAACACGAUGAACCAAUUACAUCAAUUUCAACUUAUAAAACAGCAACUAUUAAAAUCUGAAUUACUAUCAAGCUUGUCAAACGUACCAGAUGCUAAAAUUAAUAUAAGAGUUUAAUUUUAAAAUUAUUUAAAUAAUAAAUAAAUUCAGCAUAAUUUUUGUUCCUCGAGAAGACAACACAUUAAAAACACAAAACUUAUACCACCUAAAAUUUCAAUGCUUUUAUGAAAAAUAUAUCACAAUUAUGAUUUAACCUUCAAUCAUACAAUUUAAAAUGCCAGUACAGUACAUCAAGACAUUUCCUGCUUUCAAACUCCGUGUAUUGCCUUGGAUAAAUUUAUUUGCGAAAGUGCACUUGCAACAGGUGUGCUGCAAUAUGUCUAUAGAGACUUUGCUUAUUAAUUGAUUUGUAUUGCAGCCUGCUUUAACGUAAUUUAAUUUAGAAUAUAUUUUACGUCUGCUUGAAUCUUAAAACGGAAUUUUUUUUAUCAAUGUUCAAAAAAAAAAGCGCAAGCAAAAUCCUUGUA